GCGCCGACUGGGCAGCGGCCCCUCGGUGCGCCCAGCCGAGGCCCCGAGCGCCGGCGCCGGGAGCAUGAGCGCGGGCUCGGAGCGCGGGGCGGCAGCGCCCCCCGGAGUGGUGCCCGCGCCCCGCGCCUCCAAGGUGGAGCUGCGGCUCAGCUGCCGGCACCUGCUGGACCGCGACCCGCUCACCAAGUCCGACCCCAGCGUGGUGCUGCUGCUGCAGUCCCAGAGCCAGUGGGUGCAGGUGGACAGAACUGAGGUGGUCAGGAGCAGCCUGCACCCCGUGUUCUCCAAGGUCUUCACGCUCGACUACUACUUUGAGGAGGUACAGAAGCUGCGCUUCGAGGUCUAUGACACGCACGGACCCAGCAGCCUUAGCUGUCAGGACGAUGACUUCCUUGGAGGCAUGGAGUGCACCUUGGGGCAGAUCGUGGCCCAGAAGAAGAUGACCCGCUCUCUCCUGCUCAAGUUCGGCAGGAAUGCGGGCAAGUCCACCAUCACGGUGAUCGCUGAGGACAUCUCUGGGAACAAUGGCUACGUAGAGCUCUCCUUCAGGGCCCGGAAGCUGGACGACAAGGACCUCUUCAGCAAGUCAGACCCCUUCCUGGAGCUCUACCGGGUCAAUGAUGAUCAGAGCGAGCAGCUGGUGUACCGGACAGAGGUGGUGAAGAACAACCUCAGCCCCGUGUGGGAGCCUUUCAAGGUGUCCCUGAGCAAUCUGUGCAGCUGUGAGGAGACGCGGCCUCUGAAGUGCCUCGUCUGGGAUUAUGACUCCCGCGGAAAGCACGACUUCAUCGGGGAAUUCUCCACCACCUUUGAGGAGAUGCAGAAAGCUUUCGGGGAGGACCAGGCCCAGUGGGACUGCGUGAAUGCCAAAUACAAGCAGAAGAAGCGUCAUUACAAGAACUCUGGGGUGGUCAUCCUGGCAGACCUGAAGUUCUACAGGGUCCACUCGUUCCUGGACUACAUCAUGGGCGGCUGUCAGAUCCACUUCACGGUGGCCAUCGACUUCACGGCCUCCAAUGGUGACCCCCGGAACAGCUGCUCACUGCACUACAUCAACCCCUUCCAGCCCAAUGAGUACCUGCAGGCUCUGGUGGCCGUGGGGGAGAUCUGCCAGGACUAUGACAGCGACAAGAGAUUUUCUGCUUUGGGGUUUGGAGCCCGAAUUCCUCCCAAGUAUGAGGUGUCCCAUGACUUUGCCAUCAACUUCAACCCUGAGGACGAUGAGUGUGAAGGAAUCCAGGGUGUGGUGGAUGCCUACCAGAACUGCCUGCCCAGGGUCCAGCUCUACGGCCCCACCAACGUGGCCCCCAUCAUUUCCAAGGUGGCCCGCAUGGCCGCGGCCGAGGAACACACUGGGGAGGCCUCCCAAUACUACAUUCUGCUGGUCCUGACCGAUGGCGUGGUGACCGACAUGGCCGAUACACGGGAGGCCAUCGUGCGUGCCUCCCACCUGCCCAUGUCCAUCAUCAUCGUGGGGGUGGGCAACGCUGACUUCACGGAUAUGCAGACCCUGGACGGGGACGACGGCGUCCUGCGCUCCCCGCGGGGCGAGCCAGCUCUCCGAGACAUAGUGCAGUUCGUGCCCUUCCGGGAGCUCAAGAGCGCGUCUCCGGCAGCGCUGGCCAAGUGCGUGCUGGCCGAGGUACCCAGGCAGCUGGUGGAGUUCUACAGCUACAAGGAGCUACCUCCGAGGGGCGGCGACACCCACGCCCGAGAUCCGAGGGGCGGCGACACCCACUCCCGAGAUCCGAGGGGCGGCGACACCCACGCCCGAGGGGCCGGCUGGCUGGGAGUGCGGCCAGCCUCUGUCUCCAGCACCGUCGGGGUCCCUUAG